CCAACCUGCGUACUCUCUCACACUCCUAGUGCCUAAACACACACAUACACUCACACUCACACAAAUUUCACAAUGAGCUCUAUACUUCAACCUAAUGCUAGUGAUUGUGAAUCAAACAAUAGCUCAAAAAUUCUGCCACCCCUUUUAGAAUUUGAUACCUCAUUUGAGGUAGAAUUAGAAAGGAUCAAAUCAGUAGAAACUGGUAAAGAUGGUGAGGAAGAUCAAGAGGAGGGUGUUUUCUUGACGUGGGAGGACUUGUGGGUGACAGUUUCAAAUGGAAAAAAUGGAAGGAAACCAAUACUUCAGGGUCUAAAAGGCUAUGCCAAACCAGGGAAACUCUUGGCCAUAAUGGGUCCCUCUGGCUGUGGCAAGUCAACACUUCUUGAUGCUUUAGCAGGAAGGUUAGGUUCAAAGACAAAGCAAACAGGGAAGAUCCUAAUCAAUGGCAGGAAACAAGCAUUAGCUUAUGGAGCAUCUGCAUAUGUAACAGAAGAUGAUACUAUUUUGACAACUCUAACGGUUAAAGAAGCAGUAUACUACUCAGCUAACCUUCAAUUGCCAGAUUCCAUGUCAAAGUCAGAAAAACAGGAGAGAGCAGAUUUCACAAUCAGAGAAAUGGGUCUGCAAGAUGCCAUUAACACCAGAAUUGGAGGGUGGGGAUCUAAAGGCGCUAGUGGCGGGCAAAAGAGGAGAGUUAGCAUUUGCAUUGAGAUCUUAACACAUCCCAGGCUUCUCUUCCUUGAUGAACCCACUAGUGGACUUGAUAGUGCAGCUUCUUAUCAUGUGAUGAGUAGAAUAUCCAACUUGAACAAAAAGGAUGGCAUUCAAAGGACUAUUAUUGCAUCAAUCCAUCAGCCAAGUAAUGAAAUUUUUAAACUUUUUCCCAACCUUUGCCUUCUCUCUUCUGGGAAAACAGUUUACUUUGGACCUACUUCUGCUGCAAACAAGUUUUUCUCAUCAAAUGGUUUUCCAUGCUCAAGUCUUCAUAGUCCUUCUGAUCACUUCGUAAAAACCAUUAACAAGGAUUUUGAACGGGACCCAGAGAAAGGAUUAGCUGGAGGGCUAAGCACAGAAGAAGCAAUUCAUGUUCUUGCAAAAUCAUAUGAUUCAUCUGAGAUUUGUCACCAAGUUCAAAAUGAAAUAGCCCAAAUAAAGAAAAGGGACUCGGACGCAAUGGAUAAGAAAUGCCAUGCUGACUUUUCAACUCAAUGCCUCAUUCUUACAAGAAGAUCUUUUCUGAACAUGUACCGCGAAGUAGGCUAUUACUGGUUACGCCUACUCAUCUAUGGUGCCUUGGCAUUAAGUCUUGGUACCUUGUUCUUUGACAUUGGUUCAAGCAGUGAAUCAAUUCAGGCCAGAGGUUCACUGCUUGUGUUUGUUGUUACAUUCCUGACCUUCAUAACUGUUGGAGGUUUCCCUUCUUUUGUGGAGGAAAUGAAGGUGUUUGAAAGAGAAAGACUAAAUGGGCAUUAUGGUGUCACUGCAUUUACCAUUGGAAACACAUUAUCUUCUGUUCCAUUUUUGCUGUUGAUGUCAUUGAUCCCAGGAGCACUGGUUUAUUACCUAGUUGGACUUCACCAAGGACAUGAACAUUUUGUGUACUUUAUAUUUAUGCUUUUCACUUCCCUCUUCUUGGUUGAGGGUCUCAUGAUGAUUGUUGCAAGCAUGGUUCCCAAUUUCUUGAUGGGUAUAAUCGUUGGUUCGGGAAUUUUGGGCAUAAUGAUGUUAGAUGGUGGGUUCUAUAGGCUUCCAAGUGACAUUCCUAAGCCAUUUUGGAGAUACCCUUUGCACUACAUUUCCUUCCACAAGUAUGCCUACCAAGGAUUGUUCAAGAAUGAAUUUCAAGGUCUAACAUUCCCUAGCAAUCAAGUUGGAGCACACAUGACAAUUAGUGGUGAACAUAUUCUGAGACACAUAUGGCAAAUGGAAGUUAAUUAUUCAAAGUGGGUGGAUGUUGGUAUCUUGGUAGGAAUGGCAGUUCUAUAUCGAAUUCUAUUUAUGGUUAUCAUCAAGAGCUUUGAGAAGUUGAAGUCUGUUGCUACAGCAAUUAAUUGUCCCCAAGCAAACUUUGGGUUCACCAAAGUGACAAGGAGCAGUGAAAUUGAUUAGAUUCUUGAUAUGCUUGUAAUCCAAGGCAGAGUAAUCAUAUAUGGUCGAGUUAUCCCAUUUAGAGCUGCAGAAUUGUGGUGUGGCAAUAUGUUAUGUACUAGUCAUAUCCAUUUUACCAAGGAAUCUGAAGUUUACAAGAUGAUGGAAUUUUAUGAAUUAAACUUGAUUAUAUACACGAGAUUUGUAAAUAUUUAUUUAUGAUGCCAAUGCAUGGUGAAGAAUAUUAUGGAGUUUGUAUUGAGAUAAAUGUUGAGAAAUAAUUGCCACUGUAUGAUUCACAAAACUAUAUAAUAUUAGGAAAGGCAGAAGCAUUCUUUUUUUUUUGUGUACCAGUCCAGUUUUGGGGACUUUUUGUGUAUGUUUGUGAUGUGUAUUUCUUGAAAUUGUAAGCUUUUCUUUUGUAUAAUAAUAUGCAUAUUCCUUUUA